GAUGUAAUUGCCACCACACACACGCGGGCACAACGCUUUCUACCUUCCCCCCUAUCGCUUCUCUAUUUGGCGAAGUUGGUGGUAGAAUCAACAUCGGCAAGCAUAUACACCGAGAGCAAGAGAGAGCGGUACGUCUUCUUGCGUUAUUUAAAAGGGAAAAGAAAGAGACGCUGAUUUGCAGUGCUCUUCGACGAAGUACACUCUGUCCUCUUCCGUGCUCCUCAGCACAACCUCAUUUUGGAUCUUCGUUUGUUCCGGAAGGGGGGAGGUUUCUAACCAACCGGCUUUGCAUUUGACCUGACGCGUCUUCGCUUCCAUUUGAUAUAUCAACGGCUACUUCUUCAUAGACCCAGACGGACGUAGCCACUCCUGUACCCUUUCGUAGUUGUUUCUUUCUUUCUACGUCUGCCAAGUGCAAUGCCCAUUGCUGUCGGUAGCAGCAGCGGCAGCAGCGGCGGUAGCGGCACCGGCGGACGUCGACCGCCUCAACAGGCCAACUACACAAACCCGCACGCUGCACGCACCCAAGCAACAUCCACGUCCUCCUCCUCGUCUGCCUCCUUGCGUGUCGCAGUUCAAAAGUCGUUGAUGCCUUUUACAGCUUCCUCAGCAACGCCGGCCCCGGCACUGCAGCGUCCGUCCUUCACUGUCCCUCUACGCAGAACGCCGGCCACGCAGCACAACACAAAUUCUUCGUCGUCCUCUUCGCCACCCACGCCCUCCUCCCUUUCUACAUCAGGCAGUGACGGUGGUGAUGGCGAUCGUGGUGGUGGUGGUGGUCAGUCAGCGGUGGCUGCAGCAGCUGUCGUUCUACCGGCCUCCUCAGCCGGGAAAGCUGCAGACGCCGGCACUCGGCCGCCACGUGCGGCGCGCAAGGCGAAUCCGGUUUCCUCCGUCAGCAUUCAAGCCGCCGCCGCGUCUGCGUCAGCCGCUGCGGAGGUGGGUUAUGUGAUGGGCGACAACAAUAGCCAUCCGUACCACGCUAAUACGGCUGUGAUGGCAUCGUCGAAGGCGGCUGCUGCAGCGGCGGCGGUGACGAACAGCAACGUCAGUGGUGCCUUUGCCACGCCGCCCACUGCGUUUCCGCCACCGGCGCCUUCAUCAACGCUGUCGCCCGCGCUGCCGCCCGAAGACGAGGUGGCGGCCUACGCAAAGGAGGUGCAGCGCCAGCAGAUCCUCGCCCACGCCAACGAUCUCCUCACCUUCUGCGCCAUCGGCAAUAAGGUCACAAGCAUUCGUCAGUGCACCUCGAGCUUCUUCGUGCUGCUCUAUCAGCGUCUCUUUGACUGCAGCAUCGCCGGCAUCGACCGCUCGCCCAACACGGCCGAGAAGCGGCGGCGCAACGUGACGCUCGUGCUGGAGCAGCUCCGGCAGCACCCCUACUCGCUAGAGGGCAUUGCGGCAGAGGAGGUGGUGAAGCUGAAUGAGGACCACAUUAGCCGCCUCAUUAUGGUGUUUGUGCAGGUAGCCGAGGAUAUGCGGCGACAGCAGCAGCUACAGCAGCAUCAAAGCGGGCUAUCGGUGGGAGCUCCCUAUCUUGCUACUGCUGGGGCUGCCGCACCCGUGAACGCGGACACGAUGACCUCUGCGCAAGCCGCCAAUCAGGCCACGCAGGGCGUUCCCGCGCUGAUCCCCAGCAACGACGGUGCUGGGGCGGGCGAAGACUGCGGUCUUGCUCGAAACAGCAGUGGCGCCUACGUGCCUAUGGGCUACACGGUGGCCGAGGUGAUGCCGAGCCACGCGGCUCUGCAGCAGCAGCCUUCACCACCACAGCAGUAUCCAGCGAUGGGAGACAGAGCUGCCGGCUACCCUUUUGCGAAUCCCGUCCUGGUUGCCCUCGCGGCGAACCAGCAUCACCGCCACAGCCUGAAUGACUUCUACGUCGGACGGGCUCCUCCGUUAAACGGCGGGUUGUUCGACCCGUCUGGCGGUGGCACGCAAGCGUCACCGCAGCAACACGUGAACCCCAAUAUUACAGAUGCUGCUGCGGCUGCUGCGGCGGGAAUGAUGAACCCGCACGACGGUGAGGAGUCGCCCUCGUCCGUCAGCUACUACCUCGACUCCUCCGCCAUCCCAACGGAUGAGCUGGUGGCGGAGUGGUACCGCGACCUUGUCUACCCCGCACUGAAUACCCCGAAAAGCGAAGAAGGCAACGCGGUGCUCCACUCCGUCGUGACGACGCCGUCGUCGGAGGUGCGAUACGCCAAGGGAGACCCGGUCCACCGCGGCCGACCGACGCGAUCGGAUCCGGCAGCUCCGUCGAUCACCACCACCGCCACCACGUCGUCGUCGUCUCCGCUGCACGCCGGUCCGCGUGAGGUACAGAAGGGCGGCGCCGUGGGGGACGCCACGGCGAACCGCAAGCCGGCGGCCCAGCAGCCCGCCGCCGCAGCAGCAGCAGCAGCGAAAGGAAAUAAAGCGUCGCCGACCCCCGCAGGCCGGGCACGCAGGCCCACGACGGAUGCGCAGUACGUACAGCAUCACGCCCACGACAUCGUACGUCGCUGUCAGCGUCUGGGGGAGGCCCUGGACGCGCAAGAGGGAUGUCAUCGGCAGGCUUUUGUAGCGCAGCCGCUCUCACCGCCCAAGGCAGCAGCGACAGCAGCAGCGGAAAAAGAGCGCUACGGCUCUCGCCUGCAUCGCAAUCCGCCUGAGAAAGACACUGCAAAGGACCGACAGGAGGAUGGUGGCGUGCACGCAGGCGAGGAGGCGGGUCCUCUUCCCACUGGUGCUGCUGUGACGGCAGAAGGGCAGACGGCCUCAGCACAAACGGCUACGCCAACCCAACACCCUCCACCACUGCCUUACACGAGGGCGAACAUAUCACCGCAGCAACAACAGCAGCAUUCACCACCGCGGCAACUCGCACGGCAUCACCGCCUGGCGGUCGAACCGCCCCUCACUCGCCAAGAGCGCGACUUCUUCAUGCACCGCCCGCAGCAGCACAGCGAGGCGGUGCAGCGUGACCGCAAAAUCGAGCGGCUGCGCGCGGCUCGCUAUCUCGGCGACAUGCAGCAGCUGCUGCGGCGACGCAUGCGGCACGAGUAUGAUGUGCAGAUGAACGCCAUGCGGGGCUCGUUGAAAGCGUCGAUGAAGACAGCGAAGGCGGAGAAGACGGAUCUGCUGCGGCGCGUGCGGGACGAGAACGAGCGCUACCGUGCGGCCUACGCGACGCUGAUGGAGGCGGCGGCGAACGAGGCGCAGGUACCCGCACGGGUCAUGUCACGCCACACCGCACAGCUCGCCGAUUACUACGCGACUUCACUGCAGCGCAGCAACGCGUUGUGUGAGGCGCUGAAGCGCGAGGCGGACCACCGGACUCGGGCGGAGCUGCUGCAAUACGCGGAGGAGGUGAGCGCGUGGCAGCAGCACUUUCUGCUGUAG